CCUCUAUAUUUCUCAAACCACUCUCUCUCUCUCUCCCCUCAAAAUCUCAUCUUCCUCAAAACCCUAGAUUCGAUUCCCUCCGAUCAGCCAUGGCGACUCCACCGUCCUCUACAGCUCCGCCCUCCGCCGCCUCCCAAUUCACCUACUCCAACCCCUCCUCCUCCUCCUACUUCCCAAUGCCCUUCCACCUCCAGCAACCCCAAUACCCGGCCCCUUACGCCGCCGCCGUCCCUCCCGCCCCCGCCGUCGUCUACCCCGCUCCCGCCCCCGCCUACUCUCUCCCCCAGCAGUAUCAACAGGCUCAGCAGUUGUUUCAGAGAGACGCGCAGACGAUCACGCCGGAGGCUCUGGAGAGCGUGAAGGCUGCGCUUGCGAAUAGUGAAAUUGAGCACAAGGCCGAGGCUAAGAAGAAGGCGAUUCCUCGAAAGGCUGCCGGGCAGGCUUGGGAGGAUCCCACCCUCGCAGAGUGGCCCGAAAAUGAUUAUCGCCUGUUUUGUGGUGAUCUUGGUAAUGAGGUGAAUGAUGAUGUUCUUUCAAAAGCAUUUACUCGAUUCCCUUCCUUUAACAUGGCCAGAGUUGUCAGAGACAAGAGGACUGGAAAAACUAAGGGAUUUGGAUUUGUUAGCUUUGCUAGCCCUUCGGACCUGGCUGGAGCACUCAAGGAAAUGAAUGGCAAGUAUGUGGGGAAUCGGCCUAUCAAACUGCGGAAAAGUAACUGGAGGGAGAGGAUAGAUUAUGAUGCAUUAGAGAAACAAAAGAACUUCUCUCAUAAGAAGCCGAAGCUUUCAAAGAAGAGUGUACUACACAAAUGAGCCUGGAGAAUUUGUAAACAUGAUAAUGAAUGUGGAGAUCUAAAAACUGAAGUAUAUGUUCCUUUUAUUCUUCUUUCCUCUACUCCAACUUGUCCCCCAUGAUAAUCAAGUUGUUGUAGAGAGAUGUGAAACUUAGUUUGAUUCUAAAGAAUGGCUAAAGUACGCUAUUGCCGUGCUUAGUUCUAUAAUCUUAGUCUAUUGCCAUCUCAACUGUUGUUCAAAUGAGAGAGAACUUGAAUCCUUUACUCGCAGUGUACCCAACCAAUUGGUCAUUGUACAUUACUGACUUUAGCUUCUUCAUAUGAGUUUAUGUGAAACAAUAAAAACGUGUCCUUUUAUUGAUA